AUCUUUGUUUUUUCCAGAUGGUGACACCAUGUCGAUUAGACCAACCUCUUUCAAAAUGGCAAGUUUGAUGGCGUGCAAACAGAAAGUUGCCCUUACAGCUCCAGUUCUAGCCAGCAUCUACAAAGGGUUGAACACUAUCUCUAAUUCUAUGGAGCCUUCUCUUGUCCCGGUGACGCUACCCUUUCAUUUCAUAUAUGGUUGGAUAGCGCUCUAUUUCAAUACUCACAUUCCCCUUCCAAGAAGCCUUGGUGUCGCCAGGAUGACUCUAUACUCAGGCGAAGGAGCUGCGAAGUAUUAUCUGCCUGUUGCAUGCCGCGAACGUAUUCAGUCGUACAACUCGAUUCGUUGGAAUUGUACCACAUUCACCAAGGAAGAUGACAUUUUCUAUGUCGAUGGUGAAAAUACAAGAGAGAUUGAGCAAUGCUUCUUCAUGGCUAUUCGCUCGAGUUUUUUGGUUCGCCGGCUGGAUGACCACUUCAUCGUGGAGUCUUAUGGUCCUCACCGCUUCAGCCGUCAAUUUAGCUAUUACCAAAUCGUACCCAGCAGCCUUACUCAGAACAUUCGAAGGACAUCUCUGGAAGAAGGUCUCAACCUUUGGCGCAUGUGUUUGCUGCACAGAUCGCGAUCAAGGGCAUGUUUUCCCCGAUCUUCUUUGGACAUGAAGAUACAUUGUUCAGUCGACUAUAAGACUUGGUGGGAUAUGACGUACAGAUUUUCUUCUGAAAACAAAAUCUCUUCUCCGGCUCAUAUCACUUUUAAAAGAAAAGAUCAGGAAGAAGCAAUCAACUCCAAAGAUGGAAAGAGGAAGGUCGUCUCUACCACCCUCAUAGCUGAUUCUGGUAGUAGCAAUUCUGAGCGUAAUUGGAAGAAGAAGAGAAUUGCGGGGUCCUCAAAACCGGCCGAGGGUCACGUUGAGGAAGAGCCAACUCUAGUGGAUGUCGAUGUGAACAAGACUUUGAAAGAAGUGUUUGGAAAUAAUCUUGAGAAGGGCUCACCAAUCGACUGUGUAUCCAUUGAAUCCAAUAAGUCAAACGAGAUUCCUUGUCUUGCUAAACAAUCCCGCCCCCGACCAAUGCCAUCAUGUGGGGCGCCUUCCGAGUUCAAUGCCACACGCAUGAUCGAUGAUGAACUCAAGUCGUGCUGCAGGAUCAUCUGGGGAAAGCUUCGUGACAAGGUUGAGAGAACCAAAGUCGAGUUUCUAUCGGCGCUUGAAGACGAGAUACGGAGUGGCCUUUCCCGUAUGAAGAUUAUUUGUGGUCUUGACCUUUCCAACCUUGAAGAUAGUAUUGAUGAACUAUUCUCCAAAGCCACCACUUUUGAUAAAGUAAGGUCGGCUUCUCAUGAGAUCAAUGAAGGCCACACACUCAAAGUUCGAGAGGUCAAGGUUUGCCUUCAAGAGAAGUUUGCCAAAGAGAAGAAGGAUGCUGCGAAUUGUGAUGCUUUAAAAGCGGAUCUUGAUGAGUUGGAGAAACGCAAGAAAGAAUUAUUGGUGUCUUUGGAGCAGCGAAGCCUGAUACUCAAGACUACUCGUGGUGAGAUCAAGGUACUCAAGGAAGACCUGGCCAAGCUUGAGGAGGCUUCGAGAAAUGAUGAGGUCUUGAAGAAUUUGGAAGCCUUGAAGCUUUCACUAGAGUCUAUGCAGCAGAUUUUGAGAGAUCAAGACCCUUUUGCUUAGUAUAUUGCAUUUUUAUCAUUCCUCUUUUGAUGAUUCUCAUUUGGUUUGUCAUGGAUAUUUUGACAUCUUCUCCCGAUGCUUGUGCUUCUUUUGAUGACUUGAUUUUUUUUUGCUAUUUUGGAAUGAAACGUGUUUUGGUUUCA